AUGUGCGUGGCCGAAGAAUAUCUUGAUGAAUGUAAGGAUUUCUUAGGACGAUAUUCAAUAAAAGGUCCUAAUCUAGAAUGUAUUGCUGGACGUGAUCGUAUUGAUUGUUUAGAACUUAUUCAAAAAAAUGAAGCGCAUAUAAUGGCUGUAGAUCCUGAAGACGCAUAUUUAGCAGCAGAAUUGGAUAAUCAGGCAUUUAGAAUUAUUGGAGAACUUCGAUAUAAAGAGACUGAUAAAUUUGAGGAUGAAGAUCAGAUUUUGAUAAAAAAAUCGUCAACAAUUCAAAGUUUAAAAGAUUUGAAAGGGUUGAAAGCCUGCUUCCCAAAAUUCAAUUCAUACUAUGGAUACAGGAUUCCAGUUUUUCAUUUAAAACAACAUGGUAUAUUAGAAGUUUCCCAGGAUCCAUCAGUUCCAGCUUACCAAAGAGAACUUAAAGCUUUAUCCACAUUUUUCGAUCAGGCUUGUAUUAUUGGUCCUUAUUCAGAAGAUGAAUCUGUCGAUCAAAGAUUGAAAAGAAAAUAUUCCAAUUUAUGUCAAUUAUGUGAAAAUCCUGUUGAUUGCAAUGAAAAUGAUAAAUACGCUGAUUACGAUGGUGCCAUAAAUUGUUUAGUUAAUGGAGGAGGUGAUGUUGCUUUUACUGGAAGAAAUACAAUCCGCAAUUAUUUUGGGCUUACUGGUGAUGAAGAAAACGACAAUGUUAAUAUAAAUGAUUACGAAUAUCUAUGUGUUGAUGGAACACGUCAACCGAUUAAUGGAACAGGAUGUUCUUUAGCAAAAAAACCAAAUAGAGCUUACAUAACAAGAACAAAUAUAACGGAGGAUUACGUUCUGCACAUUCAAUUAAUAUCACAAUUAGAAGUAUUCUUUAGGAAUGCGAUAAAACAUAUGAAUACUGAUGAAGCAAAAAAACUUUUAAUUGUUGAAGGAAUGAAAUUUCAUGAAUUAGAAGAUGUUGUAGAACCAAAAGAUUAUGUUAAAGAAUUUGAAGAUUUUAUUGUACGGGAUGAAAGCUACACUUAUAAAGCAAAAUUAUGUGUAACUACGCAUAUUGAAUUAGAAAAAUGUGAAAUGUUAGCGAAAGCUGCGCUGACAAGCGAAGUUCGACCAAAAAUUGAAUGCUAUUUAUCUGAAAAGAGUGACUGCGCUGCUGAUGUAGCAAGUGAUAAUGCACAUAUAGCUGUUGUACCAGGUUACAAUUGGGCAAGAGUUGAAAAGAAAUAUCCAAAUUUGAAACGUAUAGCAUAUGAAGGUUGGAAUUUUAAUGAGCCAUAUAUUGCUAUAUUUACUGAUUCACCAUACCUUUUCAAGUUCAAUGAACUUCCAAUAAAAUUUGAUCAUACUGAUAAAAGAGCUCAUAAAGCAGCAUGUUUACUUCAUUUGUCUCUUGGAGGAACACAAGAAUGCGACAAAUUAGAUGGCAAUAUUACUGAAACAACUGAAAAUUAUAUUCAUGUGGUAGAUGCAGCAGAAAGACAUCUUUAUGGUAAAGAAAAAAUUUUAUUAUGUUUGGAUGAAACACGAUCACAUAGGGGUGACUAUUUUGCUUGUAAUUUGGAUCUAUACUAUCAAAAUGCAAUAUACGUAAACGGAGAAAAAAGUCGAGCAGAAAGAGAUAGUUUUAAAAAUGCUCUUACAACCAUUGGAAAUAUUUUUGGACAUGAGGGCAACGAAUUAGAUGUUUUCGAUUUAUUUGGACAAUUCAAAGGGAAUGACGAUGUCUUGUUUACGGAUUACACAAUGCGCUUUGAUGGAGUGGAAAAUUUUGAAAAAUUCGAUGAAAAAUACUAUGACUUAAUUAUGAAAGUCCUACAAUACAAUUGGAAAGAAGAUGAUAGCACUAAAUAA